GCCACGAGCAAAACCAGCAGGCGCGCCCGGCCCUCUGGCGAGGAACGAGAGGUUCUCCGUUCUCGCGCACACAGAGGCGGACAAGCCUCGCCUGCCAACUCGCUCGCGGCGCAACGCGCGAGCUCGCUCUCUAGUCUCGAGCAGCUGGCUCGCUCGAGCGAAACCAGGAGGACAGCCGGUGAGGAGGAAAAGGAGAGGAGGGGAGCGAGCCGAUGGGGAUGGCCCGCGGCGGCGGCGGCUUCCGUCUCCUCGUCCUGCUCCUCCUGGGCCUCGCCUGCAGCAAUGGCGGGCGAUGCUCGUGGGCGCGGACCACGCUGCUGCCGCAGCAAGAAGUUGAAGCACUCAAAGGUAUAGCGACCAAGCUUAACAAGACGGAUUGGGAUUUUAGUGUCGAUCCAUGUAGCGCAUCCGGAAAUUGGGCCAACUCCACAGGAUUUCUUAUCAGUAACGUGACAUGUGAUUGUUCAUUCAAGAACAAUACAGAGUGUCAUAUUAUCAGAUUGGAGCUUAUGCGGCAGAAUCUUAGUGGAGUUCUACCGGAUGAAGUUGUCAACCUUACUUAUCUGCGAUAUCUCGACUUGUCACGCAACUUCAUUCAAGGACCCAUUCCAGCUUCAUGGGGUGACCUACCUGUUUACAAUCUGUCUCUCCAGGGAAAUCGUAUAUCUGGAAUAUUACCUAAGGAACUUGGACGCAUGCCCAUGUUGAAAUCUAUACAGUUAGAAGGCAAUCAGAUCGAGGGUCCUAUUCCACCAGAGCUGGGUAACAUCAGCACUUUGCAGAGAUUUUUCAUUUCUGCAAAUAACAUCACAGGAGAGUUGCCCUCAACCUUUUCCAGGCUGACAAAUAUGACAGAUUUCCGUAUUGAUGGGAACAGUAUCUCGGGGAAAAUACCUAGCUUUAUAAAGAACUGGCAGAGCGUCAACAGAAUAGACAUGCAGGGUACAUCGAUGAGUGGGCCUAUUCCUCCAGAAAUUUCCUUGUUGAAGAACUUGACAGAACUGAGGGUGACUGAUUUGAGUGGACCAAGCAUGAAAUUUCCUCCCUUACAAAAUGCACUGCACCUUACGGAAGUGGUCCUGCGAAAUUGCUCCAUAUAUGGUGAAAUACCUUAUUACCUUGGACAGAUGCUGUACCUGAAAGUCUUGGAUAUAAGCUUCAACAAGUUGACUGGUAAAGUUCCAGAAACUUUUGGAGGAAUGGCGGCACUACAAUAUUUGUACCUGACUGAGAAUAUGCUGACCGGAGAUUUUCCUUCAUGGAUGUUGAAAAACAAAGCAAGCAAUAAAGUAAACAUGGAUAUAUCGUAUAAUAACUUCACAGGUAACCCUCCAUCUGAGUGUCAGCAAGUAAACCUAAAUAUGGUGUCAAGCUUUUCAUCUUCAAAUGACAACUUGUUGCAACCGUGUUUAAGAAAGAGGCUUCCUUGCACAACCAGACCACGUCAUUCCUCCCUGUUCGUCAACUGUGGAGGCAAAAGUGUUUCGGUCAAUGGGAUUACAUAUGAGGAUGAUUCGUCCCAAAUAGGAACAUCAACUUUUGUUUUAUCAGAUGAUAAGAAAUGGGCAUAUAGUAGUACUGGUGAUUUUGUGGGUAAUGAGAAUGGUGACUACAUUGCUAGAAACACCUCGAAACUGACCCUGGCUUAUCCCGAGCUAUAUACUGAAGCUCGUCUCUCACCUCUGUCACUGAAAUACUAUGGCCUUUGCAUGGAGAAUGGUGAAUAUACGGUGAAGCUUCAUUUUGCUGAGAUUGUAUUCACAGACGAUCAUACUUAUUCCAGCAACGGCAAGCGUGUUUUCGAUGUCUUCAUCCAGGGUGCUAAAGUUCUGGAUGAUUUCAACAUCAAAGAUCAGGCUGGCGGCGCUCAUCGUGAGAUCACCAGAACUUUUACCACCAACAUUACAGACAACACGCUGGAAAUUCACUUCUACUGGGGAGGCAAAGGCACCACAGCAAUACCUUAUCGCGGCGUGUACGGUCCGCUGAUCUCAGCCAUAUCAGUGACACAGACAGGCAGGAACCACCAUAGACUCUCUACUAGAGUGGUGAUUGCCAUUGUGGUUGGCGCGGCAUCUUUCACUGUCAUACUUCUGCUGAUAGCUUUCUACUUCAAAGUCUUUUCAAAGAAGAACGCGAAAGGAAACGGUAGACAUUCCUUUUACCAAGGAAGGAAAACUAAUACUUCAGAGCUUCAAACAAGGGCACAAUAUUUCUUUAGCCUGAAAGAGAUUGAAUCUGCAACAGAACAUUUUGACCCUGGUAAUAAAAUAGGAGAGGGUGGCUUUGGACCUGUUUACAAGGGUACACUGCCAGAUGGUACUAUAGUUGCAGUAAAAAAGCUGUCUUCAAAGUCGAGCCAAGGAAAUCGUGAGUUUUUAAACGAGAUUGGAAUAAUAUCGGCUCUAAGGCAUCCAAACCUUGUGAGGCUCUUUGGUUGUUGUAUUGAUGGGGAUCAGCUUCUGCUGAUAUAUGAAUUCUUGGAAAAUAACAGUGUUGGUCGUGCGCUUUUUGGUCGCGCAGAGCAUCAGUUGAAAUUAGAUUGGACAACAAGGUACAACAUCUGCCUUGGAACUGCGAAAGGCCUGGCCUAUCUCCAUGAAGAAUCUACAUUAAAAAUCGUCCACAGAGAUAUUAAACCAUCAAAUAUUCUUCUUGAUAAAAAGCUGCAGCCAAAAAUAUCAGAUUUUGGCUUGGCUAAACUGAAUGAUGACUGUGGCCGCGUGAGCACUCGGAUUGCUGGAACUGUUGGUUAUAUGGCACCUGAAUAUGCCACAAGAGGAUGCUUGACACGCAAAGCGGAUGUCUACAGCUAUGGAGUGGUGGCACUAGAGAUUGUUAGUGGCAUGAGCAAUAUAAAUAGCAUGUCUAAUGAAGAAUAUUUGCAUCUUCUUGAUUUGGCCGAAAGGUUGAAGCAGCAAGGGAAGCUGCUAGAAUUGGUGGACGAGCGUCUCGGUUCUGACUACUCGCAAGAACAGGCACUGAGGCUGCUGAACAUAGCUCUCCUUUGUACAAAAACGUCACCAACCCAGCGGCCAAGAAUGUCUUCAGUGGUCAAUAUGCUUUGCGGUCAGAUCCCUAUCCAGGUUGUACCUGAAGACGACAAUCUCAGUGAAGACUUGCGAUUCGACAUUGCCCGAUCCCAAUGCUCCAUGAAUGACAGCAAAACAGAUUGGUCCCAGAUGCCAUCCCAAUGCUCCAUGAAUGACAGCAAAACAGAUUGGUCCCAGAUGCCAUCAAGCGAUCCUUCGAUCUUGCGCCACACCAGCAAGGACAGUGGCUACCUCCCAUCUUCGAGCUCCUCUUCUCUGAAGCUGUGAGCUGCGUUGCCACGAGUUGCUAGGCAGCAAGGUUGAUGGUGUCGGCAUUUUCUUUUUGGCCCCAACGCAGCCGUUGUAAAGAGCAAACAUUCGGUUCGAUGCUUCCAGCAAGUUAAUGAUUCCUACAAGUGGUCCAAAGGAUCUGACUGAGUUCCGCCGAAACCGAGUACUAGAACUUGACUGUACAGAGAUGUGAAGACGCGUAAUGUGUUAUGCAAGCCCUUCAUAAGGAAAAAUGUAUUGAGCAUACUGAUAGAUAUCGUGUGAACAUGUGAUCGCCACCAGGCAUCCAAGCAGGAGCUCGAGUGGAGUAUGCAUCUGUGUGCCCCAGGUCACCUUUCAUGUCAAGGAAAUGGAUUGUACAAGAUUAACUAACCCGGAUGCGCUAAAUCUGGUAGCAAGAACCAUGUUGUUUUCCUAGCAUAUUGACUAAGGAUUUGCCAUACACUUGUUGCUCCAACUUGUAACUUAUAGGGACAGAUCAUGCUGUGCCCUCUCUACAAUCUUAUUGCUUGGCCGCAUGACAGGGCGAAUGAUUAACUGAUGAAUUA